AUGCCUAAAGAAGGCUUGGUGCUGCACGCCCUGGUGUACGACGACGGCAUCAGUGGCAAGAGAGGCACUUACCUCCUACCCCUUACCCCCUUUUCCCUCCCUGCUCCCCCUUCCCUUCCAGUGGAGUUUCUGGGUGGGAUUCACACCAAAAGAAGGUCUGGUGCUGCUUUGGCAUACAACGAUAGCAGCAGCGGCAGGAGGGGCAUUGCAUACCGGCUGAGUGUAUGUUUCACACCUAGAGAAGGCCUGGUGCUGCACUCACUAGCCUACGACGACAGCAGCAGCGGCAGGAGGGGCGUUGCGCACCGGCUGAGCUUCUGUGAGAUGGUGGUGCCCUAUGGCGACCCCCACGAGCCCCACUACUGCAAAAACGCCUUCGAUGCCGGCGAGGAUGGGCUGGGCAGGAACGCACACUCUUUAAAGAAGGGCUGUGACUGCCUGGGGUUGAUCCGCUACAUUGACGAGCACAUGAUGAGCAACUUCCUCACCCAGCUUCCUGGUUUUGCUUUCCACCUCCACAACACCUUCCCCUCCCCCAUUCCCCAUCCGUCCAUACCCCCCAGGGCUAUGACUGCCUGCGAUUGUCUGGGCUUCAUCCGCUACUUCGAUGCGCACAUGAGCAACUUUCUUGGCGGCGUCGAGACGAUAGAGAACGCCGUGUGCAUGCAUGAGGAGGAAUAUGGCAUGCUCUGGAAGCACGUGGACUGGUGCUCGAGACACGCUGAAGUGAGGCGAUCAAGAAGGCUCGUGCUGUCGUUUCUCUGUACGAUUGGGAACUACGACUAUGGCUUCUUCUGGUAUCUCUACCAGGAUGGCAAGAUCGAAGCGCAAGUAAAGCUGACGGGCAUUCUGUCGGUGGGCACUCUGAGGGAGGGCGAGGAGAGGAGGUACGGGACGCUGCUGGCGCCAGGGCUGUAUGCUCCUAUUCACCAGCACUUCUUUGUGGCUCGCAUGGACAUGGCUGUGGACUGCCGCCCGGGGGAGGCGGCUAAUCAAGUGAGGACUAUUGAGGCACAUGGGGAGCAGGCUAACCAGCAGGUGGUGGAGGUGAACGUGAGGGCAGAAGGGGCAGGCCCGCACAACCCCCAUGCAGCCAUGCUUCCUUGGGGUACCAUUAUUCCCUGCCCCCACCCCCCUCCCCCCUCCCACCCGUCCCCCCUACAUCACGUGGUGGACGUGAACUUAUUCCCUGCCGCUGCCCACCCCCCCCUGCCCACCUCCCCCUGCCCACCUUCCCCUGCCCACCCCCCCCUGCCCACCUCCCCCUGCCCACCUCCCCCUGCCCACCUUCCCCUGCCCACCCCCCCCUGCCCACCUCCCCCUGCCCACCUCCCCCUGCCCACCUUCCCCUGCCCACCUCCCCCUGCCCACCUCCCCCUGCCCACCUUCCCCUGCCCACCCCCCCCCUGCCCACCUCUCCCUGCCUGCCCAUCCCCCCCUGCCCAUCCCCCCCUGGCCCCAACCCUACAUCAGGUGGUGGAGGUGAACGUGAGGGCAGAAGCAGAGGGUCCCCACAACCCGCACGCGAACGCCUUUUAUGCGGAGGAGAGGGUGCUUCGGACAGAGGGCGAGGGCAUGAGGGACAUGAAUCCCAUGUCUGCUAGGCACUGGCUGGUGAGUGGGGGAGUGACUGAGGGAGUUUUAAAGAUACAGCUGGAAAGACAGGGCCUUGUAUGCGCAGGAGAGGGUGCUUUGAUCCGAAACACUCGGGCAGUCAACAGGGCUGGUCGUCCAACCGCCUACAAGCUCAUGCCAGGGACCAACUGCCUGCCCCUCGCGUUGCCCGGGGCGAAAUUUCUCCGCCGGGCAGCUUUCCUGAAGCACAACCUGUGGGUCACGCCGUACCACCCGGAGGAACGAUUUCCGGGCGGCGAGUUCCCGAACCAGAACCCCAGGAUCGGCGAUGGGCUGCCUUUGUGGGUGCAGCGGAACAGAUCAAUCAACAAUGCUGAUGUGGUGCUUUGGUACGUGUUUGGACUCACCCACGUGCCAAGGCUGGAGGAUUGGCCAGUCAUGCCCUGCGAAUACAUCAGCUUCAGCCUCCUGUGCGGAGUAUUCAGUACAGACAGACCUGGUGGGGCCGCUCUUUGCUCACAGGGGACUGUUGCGGCGCCUCAAGACCCGUCUCUUCCUCCGGCGCAACCCCUUACUUCUACUACCUUCCCUUCCCUGCUCCUCCUCCCCCUUCCGCGCAGUGCGGAGUAUUCAGUACAGACAGACCUGGUGGGGCCGCUCUUUGCGCUCAGAGGAAGGCAAUACCGCCGCCACGACCUUCAGCUUGUAAAUAGCCGAGGCCACGUACUAGAAUGCAGUCACUACAUGCCGGCCCACAUCCCGCCCAAUCAGAAGCUGCCAUGUGUCAUCUACUGCCAUGGGAACAGUGGCUGCCGUGCUGACGCCAGUGAAGCAGUGUUUGUGCUGCUCCCAUCAAACAUCACAGUCUUUGCUCUCGACUUCUCAGGCUCGGGAAUGUCCCAAGGGGACUAUGUCACGCUGGGGAGAUUCGAGAUGGAGGACCUUACUACUGUGGUGGAUCAUCUAAGAGCGCAAGGCAGCGUGUCGCUGAUAGGCCUGUGGGGGCGGUCGAUGGGGGCUGUGACCUCGCUCAUGUACGCGGCAAAGGAUCUGUCUAUAGCGGGGAUGGUGCUGGACAGCCCGUUUUCCAACCUGCCCAACCUCAUUCUGGAGCUCGUGGACACCUUCAAAAUCAAGCUGCCCAAAUUCACGGUGAAGAUGCUUGUUUAUUACCUGCGGAAUCUGAUCAAGAAGAAGAUACCUGAUUUCGACAUCAACGAUCUAGACGCCGUGGGAGUGGCGAAGACCAGUUUCAUUCCGGUGUUGUUCGGGCAUGCUUCGGGAGACACGUUCAUUCUGCCGCACCACUCGCAGCAAAUACACGAGGCCUACGCGGGUGACAAGAAUCUGAUCACCUUUGCCGGGGACCACAACUCCCACCGCCCCAACUUCUUCUACGACUCGGCUGCCAUCUUCCUUCACAACGUGCUGCAGCCACCCCCCAUACAGGAACCCCCCGCCUCCUCCCUCUAUAAUCACAUCCCUGGGGGGUCUGAUGCGCAACAGCCAGUGCCGCGUGCUGCUUAUGGUGGUGCUGCGCUCACUGCUGCUGCUGGUGCCGCUGCUGUUGGUGGUGCUGGUGGUGGUGGUGGUGGGGUAUCAGGCAGGAGUACAAGAGCAGAUGUCCCUCCAAGUGCUGACGAGUUGAACCCUCCACACACCACCUACCAGCGCCCACCCCCCGUUGCUGAGUCGCCAGACGAGCUACUGAGCAGUGAGGAGUUGGCGCGCUUCAUGGCACAGUUUGCUGCCUCCGUGCCACCUGGAGAAGAGCUUGCUCCCGGAUUGGAAGAUGGCUAUGAUGAGGAUGAGGUGAGCAGAUGA